UUCCGCCAUCUUGGAACCUGUGGAGGGCUUCCUUUUGGAGUUUCCGGGAUCUAUUUCUUUCACUGUACAGUCUUGGCAUUUUCGUUUUAGUCCUCAUUUUGGAGUUUGCUCCGUUAUCAGGCAUUCUCAGGCUGGCCUGCUGGGAACAGGACUCCUGAAACGACAAAUAUGUCUGGAAGGCUGUGGUCCAAAGCCAUUUUUGCUGGCUAUAAGCGGGGUCUCCGGAACCAGAGGGAGCACACAGCUCUUCUUAAAAUUGAAGGUGUUUAUGCUCGAGAUGAAACUGAAUUCUAUCUAGGCAAGAGAUGUGCUUAUGUGUACAAAGCAAAGAACAACACAGUGACUCCUGGUGGCAAACCGAAUAAAACUAGAGUAAUCUGGGGAAAAGUAACUCGUGCUCAUGGAAACAGUGGCAUGGUUCGCGCCAAAUUCCGAAGCAACCUUCCUGCUAAAGCCAUUGGCCACAGAAUCCGUGUAAUGCUGUACCCCUCAAGGAUUUAAACUAACUGAAAAGUAAAUAAAUAAAGGUGUAGAUUUGUUCUCUUG